AUGUCAGACGAAGAGAUCAAGACUCGCAACAUAAGACUGAAACAGCGUGCCACAGCUAAGCGAGACCUCGCUGCAAGUCAUAUUCGUCGUCUACAUGCUUCAGCAAAAGCAGCAGGAAAUGAUCCAACAUCAAGGGGUCUAGUUACGACGGCUGGUCAGGAUCUGAAUAAUUGGUGGUCGCAAUAUUCAGUGGAAAGUGAUGCGUUAUUGAACGUUAUGAUUGAGUUGGACGAAAUAGAUCAAUUUUCUCCAGAUGCUGAUGCUGAUGUCUACGCCUUAGUGGUAGAGAUCAAAUCAAUCAUCAAUAGUUAUGAACUUGAAACCUUGAAGUCAUCCAAAGACGCUACACCAGUUACACAGAUCAGUGAUACUGCAAUAAUGGCAAAUCCAGGUGAAGAUCAUCAGUCGAUUACACAAACUAGCAACGCAGCCAUGCUUCCAAACACAGUUUCUGUCAUGGAAACACAGUCGUCAGCUCGUGUGAGUGGUUCUACGUCUUCAGAUGUCUCCUUCCGUCCCCAAGUAUCAAUGCGCCUCCCAGAAAUCCCUCUGCCAAAAUUCGACGGUGAUCUCCGUUCGUGGCCAGACUUCCGGGACCGCUUUGUUAAUCUAGUAAUCCGCAACAAGGAUAUUGAUUCAGAUAGCACCAGAUUUUACUAUUUACUUGGGUGCCUUGAAGCUGAUGCGGGUGAAGUACUAAAAGGGAUUCCAGUGACUAAAGACACCUUCCAGUUAGCCUGGAACACAUUAGUGAAAUCCUACGAUAAACCGAGAAAACUGGCCUCUUCAAUCAUUGAGAGUUUUUUAGUUGCUCCCGUAUCCACUUCAGAAUCACUGGUGGAUCUCAAACGUUUCUUGAAUGUAUUUGAUGAAGGACUAGCAAUAUUAGAAUCGUUGCACUUGCCAGACCUGUGUUCGUUCCUGCUGUUUACCAUCGCUUCAAAAUCUCUUCCAACUCAUACGCGUCGCUUGUUUGAAUCUGAUAAUUCUGCAGAGUAUCCAUCAGUUGACAGUGUGCUGGAAUUUGUGAAGAAUAGGGUGAGGGUGCUGGAAAAUGCUGGUGGUACUUCAGGACCAGGGAAAUCGUUUGGUGGAAGCAACAAGAAAACUAAUCCAGGUCCAGGGAAGCAUUACAAUCGUUCUUCGACCACCCAGACAGCGUUGGUAUCAUCUGUAAAGACUCAGAAACCUAAGUCCACUGAAUCCGAAAAGUGUCGUUGCUGUGGGGGAGCUCAUGCGUUGAAAGAUUGUGCAAAAUUUCUGGGAGCAUCAGUAGAUGAUCGAUACCAAAUUGUGUGCUCUCACAGACUAUGUUUAGUAUGCUUUGAAAGUGGCCAUAUGUCAUAUAAAUGCAAAUCGUCAUGUAGUGUGUGCAAACGUCGCCAUCAUGGGCUAUUGCACAAGGACCCUUCUACUUCUGAUCCGUCGUCCAAGGUUCCUAAAGUGGCCAUGUUUGCCAAGCAUCAAAAUCAACUUCCAUCUGUAGUACUAGCGACGGCACUGCUUCAUGUUCAAGAUGUGGCUGGAAGUCCACAGACGGUUCGGGCCUUAAUUGAUGGUGGCUCACAGAUCAGUGCCAUAUCUGCAGAUUGUUGUCAACGUCUAGGUCUACGUGCAGCAAAAUGGACGUUACCAGUUACUGGGUUGUCAGAGUUACCUGUACCAAGCGUUUUGGGUAUCGUAGAUCUACAUAUCCAACCUCGGGACUCAAGCCAAUCUUCAAUGCCUGUAAGAGCUUGGGUGCUAUCUUCCAUAACAUCUGAUAUGCCUACCUCAAAACUACCGUCAACGGUUCGGGAGAAAUGUGGUGACUUGUCAUUAGCUGAUCCGCUAUUUGAUAUCCCGGCUCCGGUUGAAAUUUUGUUGGGUGCUGACAUAUACCCUAUGGUCUGGUCUCAUGAAACUGCCUCGUUAGGUCAUGGAUAUCCAACUGCGUUCAACUCCAUCUUCGGUUGGGCAAUUGUAGGUCCACUUCACCACAUAAAGGCUCCAAGUCCUAGGGCUCUACCUGUUCAGAUAUCUUCCUCAGUCGAAUCCUUAAUGGAAAAGUUUUGGAACAUUGAGGAACCGGAAGCUGCUCCGCCCGUGUUCACUCAGGAGGGUCAGUGUGAAGAAAUUUUUCUAUCAGAGAUGUGCAAGAAUGGUAAAGGACAGUACAUGGUCCCAUUGCCGUUUCGUGAUGGUCAGCCCAGUUCUUUUCCUGGAAUGCGACAAAUUUCAGUUAAUCGUCUGUUACAACUGGAGCGCAAACUAUCCCGAGACCCUGUGCUGUACGAUAACUACAAAAGGUUCAUGGUGGAUUAUGAAGCGUUAGGGCACAUGUCUGAGGCAGAUUCACCAGGAGACUACUACAUCCCGCACCAUGCUGUUUACAAGGCCGAAGGGGAAAAUAUGAAAUUAAGAGUGGUUUUCGACGCCUCGGCUCGUUGUCGAUCCGGUUCCUCACUGAAUGAAAGUCUCCAUGUUGGCCCAAAGUUACAACAAGAUAUAGUUGAUGUCUUAACUGGCUUUAGAGUCCAUACCGUUGGCGAUAUAAGAAACCCUAGACGCUACAGAGCGGCGCUAUAA